UCGCUUCUCCAAAUCGUAGCCUGAGAACCGCGGCCUCGCAGGGGCGGUAACUAGGGCGGCGGUCUGUGUCCUCUCUCUUCCAUCGUCGGCGACGUCGUGCAUCGCCCUUCCAUCUCUCCCUUUGGUGCCUUUUCAAAGGUUAUCAGAAAUGGAACCAGCAUGUGCAUAUUAGGUUUUGGACUGGAUCUUUUAGGUUGUUAUCAAAUUCAGCUUCAGAUCUUAGUUGAUCGCACAAUAUGUAGAUUUUAUCACAUGCAGGUGAUCCUCCAAUCUGUCAAUGGAGGCAAAAAUUUUUCGGUUUCUUAAGAUUGUCGGUGUGGGGUUUAAAGCAAGAACUGAAGCAGAAGGUCGACAACUGUUUCUGAAGCUGGGUUACAGCCAUGAGGUGGAAUUCUCUGUUCCUCCUGCUGUUCGAGUUUUCUGCUUCAAACCCAACAUAAUUUGUUGUACUGGGAUAAACAAAGCGCGAGUACACCAGUUUGCAGGUGCCGUCCGUAGCUGCAAACCUCCCGAAGUUUACAAGGGCAAGGGUAUAAUGUACAUUGAUGAAGUCGUGAAGAAAAAGCAAGGAAAGAAGUCAAAGUAAAGCUAGAAGGAUCGUAUGGUCUAUGUGGUUUAUGCAUAAAUCUGGAAAAUGACGACUGCCUUUUGAUGUGUGAAAUUUUCAUUCCUCCAGCAAUAACCGAUUUCAUUCAUGAUCUAGUGCAGUUGGCUGUUGGAUUUCUUGGUCUCCCAUAUAUGGUAUUAACCAUGGGGGCAACUGCCCUCCUGUGUUUUGACUACAUUAGCUGAAAUUACUUAAGAGCAUCAGUCUUAUUAUUCUGGUA